AUGUGUGUUUGUUCCAUUGUGGAAGGAGAGAAAAAUCCGAUGAGUGCCAAGGAGAAAUCGCGGAGGAGAAGCUGUGAAGUGGCGGAUGUGGGCUGUAGCAGAUGUCGUCAGCAAACGAAUGACGACUUCGACGGCAGUGUGCAAGCUUUUGUUGGGAUCCUUUGGAACGUUUUCGCCAUCAUGAUGUACAAUUGCGAGAUCGUUUUACCCGAACGGAGAUCUGGACUAACCAAUUAUGUGGAUUUCGUCAGAGAACGAUACUUUUACGAUGCCAACAUUUCAAAGUAA